CUUUUCACAUAAAUUUCUCACCAAUUAUUAGUGUAAAUGAGUAGUUUUGUUGAGUAUUUAUAUGUACUGAUAAAUACACAUUUCAUUCAUUAUUGUUCUAAUUAUACAUUCUGGUGUACAUCUCGUCCAGUUUUGUCCUAUGUUCCUGAAUGCAGCAUGUAACACAUGCCUGUAACGUCGCCUUCCAACCUUUUAGUGAUUCAUGGUGUUCUGAGUGCAGUCCGGGGCACUCCCUGAGCCCAAAAAUACGAAAACACAAAGAAAACAUCAGGCAAGACUUUACAACAAAAGGAGAUCUGUCCCAAGUCCAGACAUGCCGAACGCCACAUCCGGUGAUCCCGGUUUGACGGUUUCGGAUCCGCAGCACUCCCAGAAGCUCCUGAGAGUUCUUCGGACCUUCUGGCAGGAGCAAAGCUUCCACGAUGCGCUCCUUGUGGUGGAUGGAGAGGAGCUCCCAGUGCAGAAAAACAUCCUGGCUGCAGCCAGCCCUUACAUCAGGACCAAAUUGAACUACAAUCCUCCUAAAGAAGAUGGAUCAACCUACAGAAUUGAACUGCAGGGAGUCCCCAUGGCCAUCAUGAAACAGAUCCUGGACUACAUCUUCAGUGGGGAGAUCACCCUGAGCGAGGACACCGUCCAGGACAUGGUGCAGGCUUCCGACCUGCUGCUCAUGACCGACCUGAAGCUGCUCUGCUGCCAGUUCCUGGAGAGCUGCAUCACGGCAGAGAACUGCAUCGGCAUUCGCCUCUUCUCGCUGCAUUACUGCCUGCAGCACGUCCACUACGUCGCCACGGACUUCCUGCAGACGCAUUUUCGUGACGUGGUGCUCACCGAGGAGUUCAGGGAACUUCCCCACAGCCGGCUGUGCGAACUGCUGAGCAUGGAGAAGCUCAACGUGGGCAACGAGAAGCACGUGCUGGAGGCCGCUGUGCGAUGGUUCGCCCAUGACCCGGACGACCGCAGGGUCCAUAUGAAGGAAGUGAUGUCGGCCCUGUGGAUGCAGGGCUUGGACCAGAGCUACCUGAGAGAACAGUCCAUGGCAGAGCCGCUGAUGAGGGAGGUGAUCAGGGAGUUCUGCCAGAAGGUUCUGACGGAGGAUCCGCCGCAGGGCGAGGCGAUGCUGACCGCCUUCAAACCCCGAGGUUACUCUGAAUGCAUCGUCCUUGUAGGGGGAGAAGAUCGAAGAACCAGGAAGCCCACCGCCGUGACGCGCUGCAUGUGCCCACUGUACGACGCCAACAGGCAGAAGUGGAUCGAGCUGCAGCCGAUGAGCUUGGCCCGUCUGGGCCACGGCGUGGUCGCCGCAGAGGGCUUCCUGUUUGUGAUGGGGGGAACAGAUGAAAACGGCACGAUCCUGGACACUGGAGAGAAAUACGACCCGGACUCCAACUCCUGGAGCCCCAUCCCCCCGAUGCUGCAGCCUCGUCAGAACUUCGGCGUGGUGGAGGUGGACGGGCUGAUCUACGUGCUGGGAGGAGAAACCGAAGACCUGGCGCUGACCGCGGUGGAGGUUUUUGACCCACAUUUCAGCACCUGGAAGAUGCAGACGAGCAUGACGAUGAUGCGGAAGGUGGGAUGCUACGCCUCGAUGAAUAAGAAGAUCUACGCCAUCGGCGGCGGCUCCUACGGGAAACUCUUUGACUCUGUGGAAAGCUUUGACCCAAAAACCCAGCAGUGGACGGGCCUGUGUCCUCUGAAGGAGAGACGGUUCGGUUCGGUGGCCUGCGGCGUCGGUCAGGAGCUCUACGUGUUCGGCGGAGUCAGAAGCCAAGAGAGCGAAAAUCCCGAGCAAAGACAGAUGAUGACCUGCAAGUCUGAGUUCUACCACGACGAGAUGAGAAGGUGGAUGUUCCUGGACGACCAGAACCUGUGCAUCCCGGCCAGCUCCUCCUUCGUCUACGGGGCGGUUCCGAUCGGGGCCAGCAUCUACGUGGUGGGAGACCUGGACACGGGGACGAGCUUCGACUACAUCCGGGAGUUUCGGCGCAGCACCGGGACGUGGUUCCGCACCAAGCCCAUGUUACCCAGCGACCUCUCCAAAACGGCCUGCGCCGCCCUGCGCAUCGCCAACUGUCGCCUGUUCCGCCUCCAGCUGACCCAGGGCAUGUUCCCCAUCAGGUUGUGAUUCCUGGCCGCACACGGCUCACUGCUGCCCCCUACCUCCUGACCGGGGUCGGAGCGUCGCAGAAAACUGCGUUGGGGAUCGUGGAUUUUUAUCGUUUGACUUGACGAGACUAAAACUCAUCAAACCAAGUUUUUAUGGUGAAGGUUUGUUUUUCGGUUUGUUUGUUUUUUUAGGAAUUUUAAAAUAUUUUCUAUUUAACUUGGGACUUUAUCUUUUUGUUCUUUUACAGAUCAUUCCUCAUUGUUUUAUAUUCACUGAUGGGUCGGGGAGAGAUUGAACACUAAUAUCUAAAAAAAUUAUGAUACUUAAUUUAGAGGAGAUUUUUAAGGUACUUUCACUUGCAGCACAGGUAAUUCUUUAGUAUUUAAGUGAUAUUCCUAAAAUGAUCCACAUUUUAGAUGGUAAACACUUUCAAACUAAAUGUUAACACUUAUUUAAUUUGUUCUGGCUGAGGCUUGUUAAAGUUGUGGGAUGGAGAUUUAAAGGUUGUGGUGCUUUUAUUUUUAUGCAAAAUCUUUUAAAGUGAUGCUUUUAAUGCAACUUCAAUCCAAAACCCAGAGAAUCAGAGAACGCCGAGUCGCUGGUUGCCCGAUUUCCCGCCUCUCGCAGAGAGAAGUGGAGGCCAAAUUUAACCCUCAAACAAAAGGCUACUGCAUUAAAACUAUGUGGUGUCAAAAUCAGUCAUGGUCCAUGAAUAUCAGAACCCUCUGGUGGAUAAACUUGUACAUUUUUAUACAUCUACAAGGUUUUAAAAAGAAGACAUGAAAAAUGAAAAAGACAGCACUAAAUGAGUGGUUUAAUGCGAGUUCUGUGUUCUGGGGGAAUUUGACAGAAAAUUGUAAUUCCUAUAACAGUGAGAGAUGCACUGGAUGAAGGUAGAAAGAAAUAUCUAUGUUUCAAUAAAUAAACUGUAAAUGUGGAGACAAAGUUGUAGAUGUAAAAGUGGUUUGAAGGAAAAAAACCAUGAAUAUUUUCCAGAAUAGGAAUUCAGCCAAGCCUGAUUUUAAAUAACGUAUCAUUUUAUUUAUUGAGUAUGAAGCUUUUUUGAUUUCAAAUCUAUAUUCUUUCUUACUUGAGCUGCUGAUUUAGGCCAGUUUUGUGAUUUGAAGCCUGUUUAUUCUAUCAGGAUUUCAUUCUUUCUGGAGAGAAAAGGCUCCUGCCUCAAAGGUAUCUGGAGAUGUGAGGCAUAUUUGAAAGACAUUGAUGGAUUCCCCAAAUAUCUGGAUAAUAAAUGUGUUUACCAGGAAACAGAUGUUCAUUCAAAGUGUUUAAAUGUGGAUAAAACUUGCUGUAUUUCCUGGAGGCUCCCAGAACUCGCUCCUCCGGAGGAAAUCAGUCCCUGGAGGCGGAAAACGAGUUUGGAAUCAUGAAUCGAAGCAGAUUGACGUUGUCCUACAGCGGAGAUGUUUCGAGUAUUUGACUGAGAAGGAAAUCUUGUUUAAAUCUUUUGAACAACAUUCAGUCAAGAAAUGUUAAAACUAGUUUUAACAUUGUUAAAAUAAGGUUUAAUUAAAGGAACGGAAAUAAAUUUGUGUAAGAAAACAAUAGCGGUAGGAAGCAGCACUAGUGGCUCUUUCCACUCAGUCCAGUAUUUACAGUAAAUGUUCUGGACUGCAUCACUGUUGUCUAAACAGCCUGUUUGUGAGGAAAUUCACAAAGUGCUGAAAGUGUUUUUGUUUUUGUUCACAUGAACAUCACCUGCUAAACAUACUGCUUUGUUAUCCACCGAUAUGACAGCAGUCAUAUGGGUGGGGUUUUCAGAAAUUAAAGGGACGUUAGGAUUAGGGUUAGGGUUAGGGUUAGGGUUAGGUUGCUCUGCUCUCAUGUGGUGGGACGGCCGCUGCAGUGAUGCACAAUAUUUUAUGGCAGUGUUUUUUGUUUUUAAAAAGUGAUCCACAGAGUAGUGGUUCCCAAAGUGUGGGGCGGCGCAAGAAAUUGUAUGGAUGAAUGAAAAAGAUAUAUAUUACACGAAAGUGUUUCACUGUAAAGAUGGUUUGUUGUUUGUUUUGUUACAACCUGAAGUGUGAAAUAAACUUCAGUGGAGUUUGAAAACAAAAUAUGUGUGAAGGUUUAUGUCUGUUUGAACGAUGUGUGCCCAGUUGAUUUUUUGGGGGGGGGGUUAUUGUAAAUCUUUGGGAACCACUGCCAUAGAGCAACCCAACAUACAGAGUAAAUAUUCCUCCAUUCAGAGUAGCAUAGCUUGAACACAU